UUUGAUAAAUGAAACUAUCAAUCCAAAAUGGAGGGAUGUAAUUGAAAAAGUUGUGGAGUGUAGGGAGUAAACCAUAAAUUAGUGUAAUUUUAAACAAAGUUCCAAUUUUUGAACCAAUUUAAGAUCCAAAGUUUGCUAUUAUUCAUUCCACCAACCACCUCAAGAAAACUGCUGCCUUUUCUCAUUCGCCCCAACUCUUAAGGUCUGGGGAGCGCCUUUAUUCCUCUUCAUUUCUUCUUUCUUUCUUCAUUUCUUCUCCCAUAGCUGCAAAGGCGCCUCCCUGGUGUUAAUCUAACAAGAACAGGUGGUUUGUAAUUUUGAAAUGAAGGUCGCCUGCAGCUGCUGAAAGUCAUAUGCUAUAAGCUCCGUGGCUGGGAAGCAGUGUCUAACGCUCUUUUAGGAUUGUGGUGCGUAGUAAAGUCUGUUCUAUCUGGUGCUUGAGAGAUUGGACAAAUGUGCUCCUAAUUGUGUCUCUGUGAGAAAAUUCUGUUCAUUCGUCCAAUUCAUGAAGUUAUAAUCACUGAGUGAAAUCUGGUUGAGAAAAAAAAUGACAGUGGAUUUUAAGCGAGUUCUGUUGUUUUCUCUACUGUUCUUAUUGUUCUGCGGUCGUGCUAUAGCAGAGUUUGAACAUGGGAAUUCACAAAAGAUUAUAUCUGCUCCAGAUAAAAGUGGAAUAAAAGUUAUUGAUGGUUCUGGUACAGAGAAUUUGAUUGGUUUUGAGGAUACUAACUACUUGUUGCAUGAGAGAAAAGGAGGGAGCAGAGUUUCAGUGUCGACUGUUGCAGUAUUUACAUUGGCCAUGGCUGCUGCUACAGGUUUAGGUGCUGUUCCAUUCUUCUUUGUGGAACUCGAUCCCCAGUGGGCUGGUUUAUGCAAUGGAAUGGCUUCUGGGGUGAUGUUGGCUGCUAGCUUUGAUCUUAUACAAGAAGGGCAGGAACAUGGUGCCGGCAAUUGGGUUGUAAUUGGGAUUUUAGCUGGUGGAAUUUUUAUUUGGCUUUGUAAGAAGUUUCUUGAACAGUACGGUGAAGUGAGUAUGUUAGAUAUAAAAGGUGCUGAUGCAACUAAAGUUGUUCUUAUAAUUGGGAUAAUGACUCUUCAUUCAUUUGGUGAGGGCUCUGGUGUCGGUGUUUCUUUUGCUGGGUCUAAGGGUUUCUCUCAAGGUCUUUUGGUGACUUUAGCUAUUGCUGUGCAUAACAUACCUGAGGGAUUAGCUGUAAGUAUGGUUCUUGCCUCAAGGGGUGUCUCACCACAGAAUGCCUUGUUGUGGAGUGUGAUUACAUCAUUACCUCAGCCUAUUGUAGCAGUUCCCUCGUUCAUAUGUGCUGAUGCAUUUAACAAAUUCCUUCCCUUCUGUACGGGCUUUGCUGCUGGAUGUAUGAUAUGGAUGGUGGUCGCAGAAGUACUCCCUGAUGCAUUUAAGGAAGCUUCACCAUCACAAGUUGCAUCUGCAGCCACACUUUCUGUGGCAUUCAUGGAAGCUCUAAGUACCUUGUUUCAGAGUUUCACCCAUGAAUACAACUCUGGAGAUGUUUCUGGCUUCUUUGUUUCCUUACUUUUUGGCGUCGGCCCACUACUCGGUGGCCUUGUUCUAGUUGUAUUUGCUCAUGCUUUUCAUCUUCAGCACGCUCUUCUCAUGGGUACUGCUUCUGGGAUUGCUUUCAUUCUUGGUGCUUGGCGACCGUUGCAGCUACUAUUUUCUUCAAAAAUGGAUUUCAUCCCUCUCACAACACUCCUAACAUUAGGAGCAGCAUUCAUCCACUUCUCGAGUUCCAGUCUUCUGAAGCUCGCUGGUCAGAAAAAAGCUUCAGUGAAUGAUUUAGCAGCUUCGACCAAUUUUUCAGUAAGUGUGCACACCCUUCAAUCUUUCCUAUCAUGUGGAGCAAUUGCAUUCCAUGCUUUAGCUGAAGGACUCGCACUAGGAGUCGCUGCACCAAAAGCAUAUGGGUUCGGUCGUCACAUAGUUCUCCCUGUUUCUCUACACGGCCUCCCUCGAGGUGCAGCAGUAGCUAGUUGUAUAUUCGGGGCAACUGAUAGCUGGCAUGGAUCUCUCAUGAGCGCAGCCCUCAUUGGAUUCGUAGGUCCAAUCUCUGCAAUUGGAGCCAUACUUGCAGGUAUCGACUACAGUGGUUUAGAUCACGUGAUGGUGCUGGCUUGUGGUGGGCUACUUCCGAGCUUCGGAAGUAUAAUCAAGAGAGCAAUGCGAUUGGAUACACAGAAAAGUAGCAGCGGACUUGUGAUUGGUUUGGGUUUUGCUAUUUUGUGUUUGAUGUGCACCAAAUUGGUUUGCUUGCACACACCUUACUGCAACUCUGCACCCGAAGCCGUUAGAUGAUGAAUGCGAGUGUGUUCGUCUUUGUAAUUAAUUUGACAGGUCAUUGCAGCGUUCUGCUCGCAAAGGGAUACACAUUUGAGAGUUGUUGCAGAUACGAAUGAAAAGGGCACACAUGAGUUUAAAGCAAAACUGAUGGCAGAGCUUUUUACUCAUAUUUGCAAUUGAAAGAGGGGAGGGAGGGAGGAAGCUCAUCCAAUUUCUAGAGGUGUGUGUUUAAAAUUUUCUUUUAUACAAUAGAUUUAUGUUAUGAUAACCGUAGGAAUUUUGGUUGUAUUGUAUUUUAUUCUCACAGAAAGGGGGAGAUGGAUUAGGAUAGUUUUAAAUGGUUAAAGCUUUUGAUGUUACUAUUAAUAUUACAUGGCAUGGUAUAAAUCUUGGGUUACUUUUUUA